ACAAGGGAGAGGGGUGUAGACUGGGUUAUUAUUGUUAUUUUUUUACAAGCGAACCCUGAAACUCCUCACUUUCCCGGGGAACUUUCGGUGCCAGGACCCAGGGACGGACGAUUGCGAGGCAGCCCCCAGCCAUCCCCCGCGCUGGAGCAGGGCAGUUGGGCAGCCAGUGGCAACCUCGCUCAUUCAUGAGAAUCACGUAAGAACUCAAAGAGAAACGUGUUUCUCGGAGUGAGGGCGUUUGCGUAAAUCUAUAGGUUUUUCAACACCGAUGCCAGUUGCUUUGUCUUCUGUAGUCGCCAAGGUGGUUGAGAGUUUAAGCUUGCGGAUAUUGCAAAGGGUUAUUAGAUUCAUAAGUCACACCAAGUGGUGGGCGAUCCACUGAGCAAAGCCGAACUUCUCACAUGAUGACUUCAAACAAGACACAUUACCUUCCAGCAUCUGUUGGGGAGACGGGAUUUUAAGACACUUGAGUCUCCAGGACAGCACAGGCACAAUGUUCCACCAGGUGAGAAGAGUGAUGACCAUCCUUUUCCUUACUAUGGUUAUUUCAUACUUCGGUUGCAUGAAGGCUGCCCCCAUGAAAGAAGCAAACAUCCGAGGACAAGGCAGCUUGGCCUACCCAGGAGUGCGGACCCAUGGGACUCUGGAGAGCGCGAAUGGGCCCAAGGCAGGUUCACGAGGCCUGACAUCAUUGGCUGACACUUUUGAACACGUGAUAGAAGAGCUGUUGGAUGAGGACCAGAAAGUUCGGCCCCAUGAAGAGAACAAUAAGGACGCGGACUUGUACACUUCCCGAGUGAUGCUCAGUAGUCAAGUGCCUUUGGAGCCUCCUCUUCUCUUUCUGCUGGAGGAAUACAAAAAUUACCUGGAUGCUGCAAACAUGUCGAUGAGGGUCCGGCGCCACUCUGACCCUGCCCGCCGUGGGGAGCUAAGCGUGUGCGACAGCAUUAGCGAGUGGGUGACAGCGGCAGAUAAAAAGACUGCAGUGGACAUGUCGGGCGGGACAGUCACUGUCCUUGAAAAAGUCCCUGUAUCAAAAGGCCAACUGAAGCAGUACUUCUAUGAGACCAAGUGCAAUCCCAUGGGUUACACGAAGGAGGGCUGCAGGGGCAUAGACAAAAGGCAUUGGAAUUCCCAGUGCCGAACUACCCAGUCGUACGUGCGGGCCCUUACCAUGGAUAGCAAAAAGAGAAUUGGCUGGCGAUUCAUAAGGAUAGACACUUCCUGUGUAUGUACAUUGACCAUUAAAAGGGGAAGAUAGUGGAUUUAUGUUGUAUAGAUUAUAUUGAGAUAAAAAUUAUCUAUUUGUAUAUAUACAUAACAGGGUAAAUUAUUCAGUUAAGAAAAAAUAAUUUUAUGAACUGCAUGUAUAAAUGAAGUUUAUACAGUACAGUGGUUCUACAAUCUAUUUAUUGGACAUAUCCAUGACCAGAAGGGAAACAGUCAUUUUGCGCACAACUUUAAAAAAGUCUGCAUUACAUUCCUCGAUAAUGUUGUGGUUUGUUGCCGUUGCCAAGAAUUGAAAACGUAAAAAGUUUAAAAAAUAAUAAUAAUAAUAAUAAUAAAUUGCAUGCUGCUUUAAUUGUGAAUUGAUAAUAAACUGUCCUCUUUCAGAAAACAGACAAAAAAAAAAAACAACAAAAAUUUGAACCAAAACAUUCCGUUUACAUUUUAGACAGUAAGUAUCUUCGUUCUUGUUAGUACUCUAUCUGUUUUACUGCUUUUAACUUCUGAUAGCGUUGGAAUUAAAACAAUGUCAAGGUGCUGUUGUCAUCGCUUUACUGGCUUAGGGGAUGGGGGAUGGGAGGGGUAUUUUUUUGUUUGUUUUGUGUUUAUUUUUGUUUGUUUUGUUUUGUUUUGUUUUUUAGUUCCAACAGGGAGUAGGGCUGGGGAAAGAAUUCCUUCAGUAUAUAUUCUGGUUGAUAAAAGAGUCAUUUGUAUGUUGUAAAGAUGUUUGCAAUAUCAAUCAGAGGACUGAAAAAGUGAAUAAAAAUUAAGGCAACUGAACCUAGUGCUCACUCCACUUCCCAUGAUGCACCUCCUCCUAGCCCCCACUCACCCGCUGGGCCUUGGUGGGGGGAAGCUUCUUUUGUUGGAAAGACCUCAUAUAUGUAGAGCACAUUCUUUCCCCCCCUUCCCCUUUGGUCCCCUCUUUGUUUUGUUUUCUCAUAAAGAAGAAAAAUCAGUUACGCACUCUGAAAUAUUUUACAACAGCUGUGAACGAGUGAACAAAUGUUGUCACGUGGUGACAAUCAUCUAAGCAUGGAGAGGAGUGAUUUCUUAGAUUUGAUUUAAAUUUUUAGAAAAGAAAAAGAACAAGAAAAAAAUAUUCAGAUUCUUUUUUUAUGGGGGUCCUUUGGGUAAAUCAUUAUAGGCUUUAAAAAAAAAACAUGGAUAAAUCAUUAUAUGGCUUUAAAACAGAAAAGGUCUCGCAAGCAAAAGGCAGCAUUUUGGAGGACCCAGAAACACCUAGAUCAGAACAGAAGUCCACACUGCCAGUGAAAUGAGACUGAACAGCUCUGUGGAGGCCGUGUGGAGCUGAUAGAUCAUUUCUGGGCAGUUCAGGAGGAAUUUUUGAGAGGCCAUCCUGAGGUCUAGGUUGGGGUGGGGAAUGAUACUUGAGACAUUCCAAAAGGGAGGCCUCUGAAGGGCCCUUCAGAGGUAGCCCUGGAAUGACAUGUGUCACAUUGCUUGGACCUCACGCUUUUAAGUGCCUACAUUAUCUAACUGUGCUAAGAGGUUCUCGCUGGAGGACCACACUCAAGCCGAAUUACACCCUCCACCCUUGGAUAAUUCUGCAUAAAGCUGAACUAGCCUGGGGCAGGGCAGUUUCAGAACCAAAUGUGACAUUGUGAUCACAAGACCCUUGUGAUGAGAUAGAAGAGGGUUGCUACAUGAACACUUAUUGCUUUGAAAUUAGUCUUAAAGAAACCAGGGUUUUAUCCUUUGAGAACAUUUGGUG